AUGUAUGGAGAGGCGGCGUUGAUGCCUGUUUCCCGUCCACGUUACAGCCCCCCAGUCGUGGAGCACCUCACACGAGGUGGGACCGAUGCAUCGAGCAUUCUGGAUGACCCGAUUUUCCACGUCUGCUGGCGUCGCCAGUCGUGCUCGUCUUGUCUGACGGGUGAUGUUGGUUGCAGUUGGUGUGCGAUAUCCUCCACCUGUGUGCCCAACCCUGUACGCCUCCCUAUCCUGGCGCCCAUUCGGUCUGCCAAUAUCUGCCCACUUGGGUCUGAGGAGAGAUGGGAGCUCCGAGCGUUACCAUUUGGAUGCCGUGCCAGUACGUUGACAGUUAUUUCUGUUAUCGUGGCAGUACUGGGGACGUUAGCAGCGAUCGGUGUCGGCUAUGGCGCACUUUACCUUGUGAAGAGCGUGCGGCAUCGCUGGAAGAGGACCGGUAAUGAGCACUUGGACCGCCAGAGAGAGAGGUCAGAUCGGAAGACUUCACGGAACUGGUUGAUUUCCUCAUUGUCUAAAGUGCUCUGGAAGAGCCGCUCGAGACGGACACAGGGCCAGGAAGAAGUACAAGAUAACGAGGAGACAAGGCCCUUGUUGGAGUAA